UUCUAUGGUAUCUGUUGCGAUCGUCCUCCGGUAUGUGUCGUUAUGGAGCGAUGCUAUGGUGGUUCUUUGUUGAAUCAUCUGGAAAAAUUUGGUGAUGAUAUCACAAUCGCAGCACGUAAUUGUCUCAUUAGCAGGUUUGGUGUUAUUAAAAUUUCUGACUUUGGACUCAGUAAAGUUGUCACAGAAUUGGCUGGGGAAAAACUCGAGAAUCAACAGAUACCGUUGCGGUGGAUGGCUCCGGAAACAUUGAAGCGAGAUCCGGAGUAUUCAAUCAAGAGUGAUGUUUGGGCAUAUGGGAUGCUGUUGUUUGAGAUCUACAACAACGGCGGAAAACCAUGGCCGGAAUGGGAACCGAAACGUAUUGCCACGCAUAUACGGAGGGGGCGCAUGAUAGAAUUACCAGAUCGUACUCCGCAAUCUGUGAAGGAACUUGUCAGAGAGUGCUGGAAAAUGAGUGUUGCAGAACGAUGCGAUUUCAAGUAUAUUGUGAGGAAGAUGACUGCUGUUCAUCUGAAGUAUCCUGCUCCGAGACCCGAAAAUUCAACAAUAGCGCGUAUUCCACGAGUGACGGCUUUGUCAAUGCAGGAACUGGAGGUUUUACAAGAGCAAGAAGAUUCAGAAGAUGAAGCACUCGGAGAUGUAAGCAUUGUUGCUGACGAAGAACGAAAACAAGAAGAUCCUGAAAGAGAGGCCACGAUCGAGGAAGUUGCCGUCAAAAGGAAACCACGGAAAAAGCGUAAACGUAGUGAUGCUGGAAGAAGAAAGAGAGACAAGAAAGGCAGGAAGAACAACACUAAUGCCAUAGCUACCACUAUAAGUAGUGAGGACACCGAUAAAACAAAACCAACAAUCGAGGAUAUCGAUGAAGCAGGAAAGAAGGUUCUUGCAUUAGCUCAAGCUUUCUCAGAACAUGAUGAUAUUUCUUCAGUCAUCUUUCACUUUUGCCAUUGGUUACCUCACUAUUACAAAUAG